AUGUCGGCUUUAAGGAACCCUACCGCCCUACUCAAGGCGGUGCUGAUGAGGAUACCCUUGCUCUUUAGGACUCUGCUCUUUCAUGGCCUAAACAUGUCACCAGUGUCGGGGAAGCAAGAUCUGCGCACAGAAAUGACAGUAACAAUCAUUCGAUCGCUUCUAGACGCUUCGUUGCCCGUUGGCAAACAGCAACAUCGAUCAAUGAAUGACCCGGGUAUCAAAGGGCCCAUGUGGAUAUCGAAGGUAGUCUUGCCGGCACCAGAAGAAACAAUUCGCACAGCCGUCAUACAAACUGCCGAUCAGUUGAAGAACGACGAGUCUCAAACAUUCGAGAUUCCACCGGUGGUGCCUGUCGAGGCUGAAUGGACUGGAUAUCGUGGUGGCGUUGACAAGAACGCUCCACAACUGGAUAUCUCCGAGGAAAAAAAGUACCAGGCUUUGAAGGCGGAUGCAAAGUCUGACAUGGUCAUACUCUAUAUCCAUGGUGGCGCUUUAUAUCUCAUGGACCCUUGCACACAUCGUGUGCCCGUGUCACAUAUCUGUAAACUUACAGGAGCCAGAGCUCUGUCUGUUCGUUAUCGACUAGCUCCUCAGAACCCAUUCCCCGCUGCUCUAGUAGACGUUCUCACCGCCUACCUGAGCCUCAUUCAUCCUCCUCCAGGUUCUUACCACGAACCAGUUCCUGCAAACAAGAUCAUCAUCUCUGGCGACUCUGCAGGAGGAAAUCUCAGUCUUGCACUAUUGCAAACCCUUCUUACCCUGAAAAAAACCGCACCAACUGUACAGUUCCAUGGUAAAGAGGUACCUAUCGAACUGCCAGCUGGUGUAGCCCUCAUCUCGCCGUGGUGUGAUGUCACUAGGUCCAUGCCCUCUGUCAGCGGAAAUUCGAAAUAUGACUAUAUCAUGCCUCCCCAUCAGCCAGCGGAGACAAUCUAUCAUCCUCCGCCUCAUACCCCCGACGACGUCUGGCCACGGACACCACCUCGAAGUGACAUGUACUGCAAUGCCAGUAUGGUGUCACAUCCAUUAGUCUCACCUUUAGCCUGUCCCAAGGAACUAUGGCAGGGCUCACCACCGGUAUUUGUUACUGUCGGCGAGGAAGGCCUUACAGAUGAAGGCUUGCUUACAGCCCGCAAAAUCCACCAAGCCAACGUGCCUGUCAUCGUCGAUGAAUUCGAAGGCAUGCCUCAUUGUUUCGGGCUAAUUAUGCUCGGCACGACCGCUGGAAAACUCUGCUUCCAGUCCUGGGCCCGAUUCUGUCGUGAUGCAGUCGCUGGCGCAGUAGACCCGGCGCGUGGAGAUGUUGGAUAUGUAACUUUCCAUAACUUUGGGUGGCAUUCGACUAAACUGAUUGCACUGAAUGAAAUUCAUGCGUUCAGUGAUUUAGAUAUAGAAAAACGAUUGGAGCAAAGCAGGGAUCAGCGAAUAAGGACGGAAAACAGACUUCUCGAGGAAUGGCAAGUUAAAGCGAAAUUAUAG